CCGCGCUUUAAAUCUAACCUUUUCUUCUUUUUCUGUGUGUUCAUUAAGAAAAAAAAAAAAAAAGAAUUAAAUUUGUCUUCUUUAUCCUGCCUCUAUCUCCGGCUCCAAUCUGCCAGUCAAAAUUUGUCUCUGCUUUUUCUCAUCACAUAACAGUCACUUUCUAUCUCCAAAAUCUUUCUUCUUAAACAAAACCUCUCUUCUUAACCCCCAAAAGAAAAAGUCGCUUACAAUUUUUUUCAAUAAGUUUUCUUUUUUUCUUUUAUGAUCAAAACCACAGACAUCAUCUUCAUUUCCACAUCUUAAAGAUUCUUGAUUCGAUGGAGUCAAUCAAAUGUAGAUCAAUCCCAAGCAACAAGAGCAAGAUAGCAAGAACAUUUCAGAAAGUGAUCAAUCUCAAGACUGCAACAAAAAUUGCUUCUAAUAAUGGAAUUGGGAUUUGCAUGCUCACUUCACAGAACAAAUUUGAUCAAGAUCAUGAUCCUGCCACUAUCUACAAAACCCAUAAUAGUGACAAGCACAAAGAUGAUGCUAAAGCCAAGCGCAGAGCAGUUUUGGAUGCUUUAGUUGCCAAGCUCUUUGCAGGUAUCACCACCAUUAAAGCAGCUUAUGCUGAGCUACAAAUGGCUCAGAAUCCUUAUAGCAGUGAUGCUAUACAAGCUGCAGAUCGGGCUGUUGUGGAGGAGCUCAAGUUACUGUCAGAACUUAAACGAAGCUUUUUCAAGAAUGACCUAGAUCAUCUUUCUCCACAGGUUACUGUUAUGCUAGCAGAGAUUCAAGAACAGCAGAGCAUGAUGAAGACUUAUGAGAUAACAAUCAAGAAACUGGAAUCUGAAACAGAGGUUAAAGUUUCAGACAUUUCUUUACUCAAGAAAAAGCUUGACGAGUCCAUUGCAUACAACAAGUCUUUAGAGAAGACACUAAAUGCAAGUGGACCGUUAUCAAUGUUUGAUAAUAUUCAAUUCUCGGUUCUAAACCCAACUCAUUUUGUUCAAUUCUUGCAUUCUGCUCUAAGAUCCAUGAGGAGUUUUGUUAAAAUGAUGGUCCGUGAAAUGGAGAUAGCGCGUUGGGAUAUUGAAGCUGCUACAAAUGCAAUCGAACCUGAUUCUUCAUUCUCAAAACCAACACAUCGUUGUUUUGUGUUCGAGUCAUUCGUUAGCAAAACAAUGUUUGAAGGCUUCAAUCAUCCUAACUUUAUGCUUCCAAAUGAAACUCCACCACAGAACAACCAUUACCACAGCGAACACUACUUCAAUAAGUUCAAGAAACUAAAAUCAGCAAACCCAAAACCUUACUUGACCCAAAACCCAACCUCGUCUUUUGCAAGAUUUACUAGAGCCAAGUAUCUCCAACUUGUCCAUGCAAAGAUGGAGUGUUCUUUAUUUGGCAACUUGAACCAGAGGAAGCUAGUGAAUUCCGGUGGUUUACCAGAAUCUGCUUUCUUUACAGCAUUUCUUGAGAUGGCCAGGAGAGUAUGGUGUUUAAAUCUUUUAGCAUUUUCGUUUAGUGAAAGUGUUAGCAUUUUUCAAGUGAGCAAGAAUUCAAGAUUCUCAGAGGUUUACAUGGAGAGUGUAACUCAUGAAUCUGUACUAGAUACAGACGGUGUUGAUGCUGACCUUCGGGUGGGUUUCACGGUGGUUCCAGGGUUUAAGAUUGGCAAAACUGUGAUACAAAGUCAGGUUUAUUUAUCACCGGCAGUUUCUCCGCUUGGGAGAAACUGGCAAAGGGAGCAUUCUAGUAGAUAUCAUUAUUGAAAUUGUACCAUGCAAAUAUAGUUUUUUGAAUAAGGUGGGUUUAGGCAGUAUCUGGAAAUUCCUGGCAUUUAUCACGAGCUAGAUGCCUGCAUGCUGCACAAGUUUUAGUUUUUUGCCCAACAUUUAUGGGAUUUCAAUUUUACUUAAUACAUGCUACAAAUUUCUAGUUUUCCUUUAUUUAUUUAA